AUGAAGGUCGUGAUAACAGUCGUCACUUGUUUAUUUCUUUUGUCAGUGAUGCAACUCUCAUUCUUCAAUAUUUUCAAUUACCAGCUUCUGGAUGCUACAACCAACGGUUCAAAGGAUUCCAGGAAAUCAAAGGAUAAACUGUUAGGAGGGCUUUUAACAGCUGAUUUUGAUGAAGAUUCUUGCUUGAGUAGGUAUGAGUCUUCCUUGUAUCGCAAGCCUUCACCAUACAAACCAUCCAGAUAUCUCGUCUCUAAGCUUAGAAGCUAUGAGAUGCUUCACAAGCGUUGCGGUCCAGGCACAGAAGCUUACAAGAAAGCAACGGAGAUUCUUGGUCAUGAUGAUGAGAAUCAUUCAACCAAAUCUGUUGGUGAAUGCAGAUACAUUGUGUGGAUUGCUGUUUAUGGGCUAGGAAACAGAAUACUUACUCUUGCUUCUCUGUUUCUCUAUGCUCUCUUGACUGACAGAAUCAUGCUUGUUGACCAACGUACGGACAUAAGUGACCUCUUCUGUGAGCCUUUUCCAGGUACUUCCUGGCUACUCCCUCUGGAUUUUCCACUAACAGAUCAAUUAGAUAGCUUCAACAAGGAAUCUCCGCGCUGUUACGGAACAAUGUUGAAGAAUCAUGCCAUUAACUCAACUACAACAGAAAGCAUCAUCCCCUCGUACCUCUGUCUUUAUCUUAUUCACGAUUACGACGAUUAUGAUAAGAUGUUCUUCUGUGAAAGUGACCAAAUUCUCAUCAGGCAAGUCCCUUGGUUGGUCUUCAACUCGAAUCUUUACUUUAUCCCAUCUCUAUGGUUGAUCCCUUCUUUUCAGUCAGAAUUAAGCAAGCUAUUCCCACAGAAAGAAACCGUCUUUCACCAUUUGGCUCGCUAUCUUUUUCACCCGACUAACCAAGUUUGGGGCAUGAUCACAAGAUCCUAUAAUGGUUAUUUAUCAAGAGCUGAUGAGAGACUUGGGAUUCAAGUACGAGUUUUUAGCAAGCCGGCUGGAUAUUUCCAACAUGUCAUGGACCAGAUCUUAGCCUGUACACAAAGAGAGAAACUAUUACCUGAAGUGUUUGUCUUAGAAACACAAGUCACUAACACAUCAAGAAGCUCGAAACUUAAAGCUGUUCUUGUCACUUCUCUUUACCCAGAGUACUCGGAGAUUCUAAGGCAAAUGUAUUGGAAAGGCCCGAGUUCAACAGGAGAGAUAAUACAAAUUUACCAACCAAGUCAAGAAAUAUAUCAGCAAACAGACAAUAAGCUUCAUGACCAAAAGGCACUCGCUGAGAUAUAUCUCUUAAGUUUAACGGAUUACAUUGUCACGAGCGACUCGUCUACGUUCGGAUACGUUGCUCAAGGUCUUGGAGGAUUAAAGCCAUGGAUACUCUACAAGCCAAAGAACCACACAGCUCCUGAGCCACCAUGUGUUCGUGCCGUGUCAAUGGAGCCAUGUUUCCUUAGAGCUCCACUCUAUGGUUGUCAAGCUAAGAAAGUGAACAUCACCCCUUUUGUUAUGUAUUGUGAGGAUCGGAUCACGGGUCUUAAGCUAGUUGAUUCAAAUUAG